AUGCAGACUGGAAAAGAAGAAGAGAUGGCUGAUGGUGAAAAGGCUGGCCCGCCGGCGCCCGUGGGAUUCUUCGACCCUGCACUGAAGGAAGUGCGCAAGCGCGUGUUCAUUCAAUGUGCCCGAACAAUUCUCAUUCUCUGCGUCUUUGUUUUGACCGUGCUCUCAAUCUUCUGGGGAUCUCAAUUCCUCACCGAAAGCAAAUUCCCCAAUCUCCAUGUUUGGGUCGUUGACUUUGAUGGCAAAGUCGAACCAUACAUCACCAAUGACGCAAUUGUCGGUCCAUCCGUCAUAAAUACCACGAAGAAGUAUGAAGCCUCAUCUAGCCUUCACCUGGGCUACCACAUCAAGUCCGCUUCAGACUUCAACAAUGACCCUUGGGCAGUCCGUCAAGCAAUCUAUGACGAACACGCCUACGCCGCCAUCAUAAUCAACCCAAACGCCACCUCCCUGCUCCGCGCUGCAAUCGCACAAGACAACACAACCUACGACCCAGCCGGCGCCAUCCAAAGCGUCAUCAUCUCCGCCCGCGAUGAAAACACAUACUACAGCUACGUCCUGCCGGACCUCACCAUCCUCCAGAGCCUCAUCCUAGCAGACUUCGGCCCACAGUGGGCCCGCACCCUAGUCUCCUCCUCCACAAACAUAUCCACCAUCCCGCCACAGGUAAUCAACCCAGGCAUCGCGUUCACGAACAUCGACCUCCGCCCCUUCGGGCCCGCCGUCAUCGCACCAGCCGUCACAAUCGGCCUCAUCUACCUGAUCAUCAUCUCCUUCUUCAAUUUCCCCUUCCUGAUGCCCAUCCAUGCGCAGUUCAUGAAGCCUGAUCCCAGCCACCCACCGCUCAAGGUUCCGCACUGGCUUCUCUGGCGCGCAUGCUGCAGUAUCACGGCUUACUUCUUCCUGUCGUUUUUCUACUCGCUUGUCUCGCUCGCGUACAAGAUUCCGUUCUCGAAUUCGCCGGCGCCUGAUACCUUGUCUGCUAAUAAUGCGAAUGCGUAUGGGCAUGGGUCGUUUGUGGUCUUUUGGAUGCUGAAUUGGGUCGGUAUGACGGCGUUGGGAUUCCCGUGUGAGAAUAUGGCUAUGGUUCUGGGCUUCCCGUGGAGUGCGUUCUUUUUGAUCUUUUGGGUCAUUACGAACGUGGCGACUGGGUUUUAUUCCUUGGAUCUGGCUUCGGAUUUCUUUAGAUGGGGAUAUGCGUGGCCUUUGCAUCGGAUUGUCGAGGCAUUGCGCACGAUUCUAUUUGGGACGACGUCGCGUAUUGGCUUGGACUUUGGAAUCCUGUUCGCGUGGAUUGCAGCGUCGUUGGCCUUCUACCCCUUUGCCACAUUAAUCAUGCGGUGGAAGAUGAAGCGCGGAAUGUGA